CCUUAACUCCUUGCCACCAAUCCCACCACCCCCUGGAGCUUGAAACUUGGCCAAGUACACUGUGUACGCGGAUUUGAGCGCCAAGAGCUCCACCAUGUCCUCGUACACCACACUUGUCGUCGUCGUCAUUGUUCUCCCCCUCUCCUCCUCCUCUCCGCUCUCCGUCGCACCGUCCGUCGUCGCCCUCGUCGUGACCUCCUUCCUACCCUCCUCUUUCCCUCUUCGUCCCAUAAGGCCUCGGCCGCCGAUGCCGUCUCCCAGCGCCCACGUCAGGGCAACUCCCCCGCAGGCCACCUUGCUUGUUGUUAGUUCUUCCUGCGUUUUAAAUGCAGCCAUUAGAUGACCAGAUGGCCAGCCUGUGGCCUGUGGACCAACUACCAACAGUCUGUGACACACCCCGCCCUCAAAGCCAUCUGCAAACGCAGCGUCCGUC